CAUUGCCUCCUCCACUCUCCUGAAGAGACUCACUCAAGCAGCCAAGCCGCAGCAAACCUACGAAGAAUCAGAGACAUGGCUUCCCGAGUUGCAGCUCUGCUCUUGCUGGGUGUCCUCUGCUUUAGCUUUGCAUCAGGUGAGAUCGCAGUGGACUGCUGUCUGCAGGCUAUCGACAAGCGUUUGCCCUCCAAAAACAUCGUGGACUACAUCAUUCAGGAAGCUGGGAAAGGCUGUGAAAUAAGCGCUACUGCGUUCAUUACCAACAGUGGAAGAACUCUGUGUGUCAUCCAUCCCAGCCAGAAACCAUGGGUGAGAAAUCUCAUCAAUAUCGUGAACAAGAAAAAGCAAGCACAACAGUAAAUGAGAUGAACAAACUCUGGGAAAGGAUGGAUGGAGACAACCAGAUCUCAUAGUCUGUGAUGGCAAUGUUGCACUGUAGAAGAUUAAAAUCUGUUAGAGCGAUUACGGAGAAAUCAUCAUUUCAUCUUAUUUAUAAUGUUGUCCUGUAUAAGCUGCCAUGCCUCGGCUAUUGGCUCAAUAUAUAUCUACAUAUGUGUUUCUUCUUUUUUUGUGGUGACUGCGGUGAAACUGUGGUGAAACUCGAACUCUGAGACGGAGCAGUGGGGACGUCUCUUUUCUUUCUUCCUUUUUGUUAUGAAUGAUCCAUAGAAAUAGAAAGAUUUGCCUGAACUUGCCCUGGAACUGACACCAGCGUUACAAUCCUGUUUCUGUCAAAGUGUCUGUGAAUGAAAACACUCGCAUUUCUGUUUUUGCGAGAGCUUGUACAAAAUCUGACAACAUGGCUUGUAUAUAUCAAACGUAUUGCAGAGAGUUAUCUCAAAAUAAACUUGGACAUUAUUUUGUAAA